AUGUCUGAAACUCACUUCUUUGAACAAAAAGAUGGAUCGAAAAUUGCAUACAGAAUUUUCGAGCCAGAAACUAUUAAAAAUGAGAUUCCUCUUGUAUUAAUCAUGGGACUUGGUGGCACUAAAGAGACCUUUAUGGGCUAUGAAGAAGUAAUUGUAUUUGAUAAUCGUGGAAUUGGAGAAUCAACCGUUGUUUCUCUAUCUGAUCCCAUCACGAUUGAAUUAAUGGCUCAAGAUACAAUUGAAUUGAUUAAACAUCUUGGAAUUAAAAAAUUUAACUUAUUUGGAGGAUCUAUGGGUGGUAAUAUCGCACUUUGUAUUGCCUUGAACAUUCCAUCUGAUCUUAAGUUAGAGAAAUUAAUAAUUGGCUGCGGAUUUGCUCGAUUUCCGACUGGAGAAAAAUUUCAAGAAGCUGAUAAAUAUUUUUCAUUACCAGAAAUGAGCCGUCCUAAAACUAUUCAGGAACAAAAAGACAUGCUUCUUAAAAGCGAAAAGAAUUUUGCUGAUUAUCUACUUGAACAUCCUGAUAAAUUUGAUAAAGUUGCAGAACACUUAGCCAACACUAAUGAUAGUAGACCAUUUGAAAUUUAUAAAAGUCAAUGGGAGGCAAUUAAAAAGACUGAUCUUAUUUCAAGACUACAUAUGAUCAAAGUUCCAACUUUGAUAAUUCAUGGUGAAGCCGAUGAAGUGGUUCCCAUUCAAGCGGCUGAGUUACUUGAUCGUGAAAUCCCUAAUACACAGUUUUAUAGGAUUCCUAAUGUUGGGCAUAGUAUUUACGUAAUGGCUCCUGAAUCUACUAUUAUCAUCAAUGAAUUUUUAAACAAGGAAAUUACGGCCAGAGUUAUUUCAUGCUUAAUUUAG